AUGACCCAGCGGACAUCAAUUGGUAUCGUUGAGUCCCUCUUCCUCGAAUUCCUUCCUGGCAUCCAGAAAGUUCCCGAGUACCUCCAAGUCAUCGGAUACAAGAAUCCCGAUGACCCCUUAUUUGCUCCGCUUCAAUUCGCGCACAACUUCCAGCAGGAUAGCUUUGCCUGGCUCUGCGAGAAACCCGCCGCCCUCACCCGUGUCAAUGCCUUCAUGGAAGGGCAGCGUGCUGAUCGUCCUCACUGGGCGGACUGGUUUCCUAUCCCCGAUUGGAUCCUAGCUAGUGCUCACAAAGACUCAGAUGGACCCCUCCUAGUCGAUAUCGGGGGUGGUCGCGGACAUGACUUGCUCGGCUUCAAGCAACGGUUCCCUGACGCACCCGGUAAGUUGAUACUAGAGGAGCUGCCCGUGGUGAUUGAGGAGGCACGGUCAGCACUCGAUCUUGAGGGCAACGGCAUUGACGCUGUUGGAUAUGAUUUCUUCGCUCAAGAACAGCCGAUCAAAGGUGCCCGUGUCUACUAUUUCCGAAACAUCUUCCACGACUGGACGGACGAUAAGGCACGUCUCAUCAUCAAGAAUCUCGCUCCUGCCAUGGAACGCGGCUACUCAAAGGUGCUUCUGGAGGAGUAUAUUAUCCCGGAUGAGAACGCGCGAGCACUCGAGGCAAUGACCGAUCUUGCAGUUAUGGUAUUCUGCUCCGGACUGGAGCGCACGCGCCAGCGAUUCACAAACUUAUUGGAGUCCGCCGGUCUGAAAGUGACUAAGUUCUGGGCCCGUGAGGGAGAUGGACAAGGAAUUAUUGAGGCGGAGUUGGCCUAG